AUGGACGUAUUUAGGGAUGUCGCCAUCUACAAGGAGAAGAUUGCUCAGGAACUCCAAGGCUUGGCUGAUGGUGAGAAGCUCGCUGAACUUAUUGACGCCAGCAAGAAGGUUGAGGUCGUGCUCCUGGGACAGAUGAGGAGCUACAUGGCUGACCUGUUCGAAUGCCUUUCCUGGCGCUAUGCGAGCAUGCAGGAAGUCGAGAAAAAGAGGCAAUUUCUGAUGGCAGCCUGUGAAGAGCAGCUAGUGGUGCUCAAGCGAGACUUCUUCCCUUCUCUGGCCAAAGAGCAUGGGAUUGCUCAGGAGUACACAGCGCAGUGCAAGGUGCCAGUCAGCCUGAAUUCACUGCCGAUGACUACGUCCAACUUUGCAUCAAAACAGCUCACAAUUUUUUACGCUGCACAGGAUCGGACAGCACACACCAUCGAUGACUACAAGCAGCUGGCAGAUUUGGAAUUUGCCCUCAUAGAAAAGUCGCAGAGGGUCCGCGCGGCCUACAUUGAGUCAGAGAAGCUCGUCAAGCACUGCCUCAGCCAGAGCCACAAGUCUUGGAAUGACCUGUCGCGCGCCAGCCUACGCAGACCGCUCGGGUCCAGAGCAAGCAACCAACCCUCCCGCGCCCGGGGCAUGUCCCUAUCCGACGAGCCUCUCGGAGGGGACAACAUAAUCACGGUGUACGAGCGGGCGAUGGCGCAGGUGUGGCUGCGGCUGGAAGCUAUUGCGCAGCAGCACGGCGUUGCAGAUGCCCUGCAGAUGCUCAUAAGGAUGGACCGGGCGGCCUCGCACCCUAUGAAUUUCAGUGAGGUGGCGACGGCCCUCAAGACAGUGUCAAGCGCGCUGGACUCCGGGGCCACCCCAGAGGCAGCGCAGCAGCAGGCGCAGCAAAACUUGGGCCGCAGUGGAGGGCUAACACCUUCAGCCAGCGCGCCUGUCAGCACUUCCAAGGUGUGGAGGGAACGCUCAGAGCAGAGUGUUGGUCUGGCGGGGGGCCUGCCCUGUACUGAGCUAUAA